AUGAACGAAUGUCGUGCGUGUCUAAAAGCAAACAUGAUAUCCUCCGACACCACAUGGACUGCUCGAAUAAUGCGCCUAACCAGCGUACCAGAAAAAAAACGAACAAUAACAUUAAACUUCAUCGCUGGAGUAGCAAAAGAUACAAAUGCUAGAGAUGAUUCUACUUUUUCCCUUCUCAUGAUCCUCUUCUAUAUUGACACAGACCUCGUCGUCUUGGUGACAUCAGUUGGACUGAACAAGACCCGUCAAAUUGGGCACUGA